AUGAGCACAUUCAACGACUCCAACCCUCCCACCACGGACCCGCAGUCCUCCACCCAGACUGCCUUUAACGCGAUCCCCUCGCACCCCGCACCCGUCGACGCGGCAGCCACCUCGUCUGGCGUAGCCGCCGACAGCACCAGCCCUGCGGAUACCGAGACCAAGCACGCGUCCACUGGUCUCACGGGCAGUGAUCGCCCCGGCAGCGGCGACGAAAGCAAGGCUACGCGGGAGGCCAUGGAGCGUACAAACUCCUGGAAGCCGAGUUUGGACCGCAAGCAGAGCUGGAAAAAGGAAGACCAGAAACGGGCAUUGCAAAUGACGGGCAUGCAGGAUGCGGACAAGUAG